GUUUUUACGCGAACCCUGGACUCGGACUAGCUAAUGUGUACAUAAUACGUGUACGACUCGACUAGGCCUACGUGGGAUCGUGGGUUGGCGAUGGCAGGGCUGGCGUGAUUGACUGACUGGCAAAAUGUCUGAUUUUUACGAGGGUUCUAAGCUGUACGAUUGUGUGGUAGUCGGGGCAGGAAUCGAGGGAUCGUCUACAGCCUACCACCUGGCUAAAAAAGGACAAGAAACGCUGCUUCUUGAGCAGUUUCCUCUUGGUCACACUCGAGGCAGUUCCCACGGUCAUUCCCGCAUCACUCGCUAUGCCUACCCGGAGAAACACUUUGCUCAGAUGAUGCCAGAGUGCUUCAAGAUAUGGGCAGAGCUCGAAAACAAGACCAACACAAGGCUAUAUCGGAAGGAGGGCUUGCUCGUCAUAAGUGGUCCGCCAUACAAGGAUCUCAGUCAAAUGCGGCAGGCCCUGGACUCAAUUGGACAUAAAUACACGAAGCUGACUGCACCAGAGAUCCGGCGAAGGCUCCCGGGGCUACGGAUCUCAGAAGACACAGUGGGGAUCAUCGAGCACGAUGGAGGAGUCUUACUCGCCGACAAGUGCUUGAGAGCCAUGCAAAGUGAAUUUCAGAAUUACGGUGGUACCAUACGGGAUAGCGAACCAGUCUUACAGAUCCUGCCAGGAACGACGGUGAUCGUCGUCACAAGGAAAGGCCACUAUCGAUGCAAGAGUGUUGUAUUGACGCCUGGACCAUGGGCCUCCAAGAUGUUGAAACCCCUGGGUCUGGACCCACCGCUCAAGCCAUGGAGAUUGGAUGUUUGCUAUUGGAAGGAGAAAAAGCCUGGAACAUUCAAUAAUAUGCCAGUGUUCAUCGCCUAUUUCAAAGACGAGCACACUUACGCCUUACCCAGCGAGGAAUACCCAGGGCUUGUCAAGCUGUGCGAUCACACAGAACAUCAAUCCUGCGACCCGGAUGAGCGAGAUGUCCCUAUAGCUGACCACCAAUUCCAGAUGGAGAGACUUCAAGCUUUUGUCCGGCAGUAUUUUCCCGGUCUGGAGCAUGUUCCUGUUAUUGCAGAGACUUGCAUGUACACUUUCACCCCAGAUGCAAGUUUCUUCCUGGACACCCAUCCCCAGUACCACAACAUCAUCAUCGGGUGUGGCUUUUCUGGUCAUGGAUUUAAGCUGGCUCCAGCCGUCGGCAAGGUCCUGAGUGAACUGGCCAUGCAGACUAAACCCAGCUACGACCUCUCACCUUUCAGGCUAAGUCGAUUUCCCAAUGGGCCGCUGGCCAAGGCCAAGUUGUAGACCAGUAUUAAGAGAGUCUCACAUAUGGUACAAUGAGUUGGAAAUAAGAGGCCAAAUUAAAUAAAUGGAAAAUAAAUCAAUAUAAUUUAAAAUGUUCUUCAUAUGUGACAUUUGUUCCCUUACCAGAGGUGCUGUUUGUAAUAAUGGUAUUAUCGAUUAUGAUGUCUACUUAUCCAGGAACCCAAUCAAGGUGCCCUACAUUAUUUUCCCCGCUCACCAGGCACAUAAACAUUUCUAACACCAUCUCAGCUCCCUGGGGAGUAUACAGCUUGAUGCUGCUAUUCCAAGCACAGACAGCUGAACACAGGAACCAUCUCUGCCAUCGCAGGUCCCCAUUGAUACCCCUGGGUGAGGAGAGAUGAAUGGGAAUAAAGUAACUUGCCCAUGGUCACAGAUUGUGACCAUCAGCUGGAUUCGAACCCCCGACCCUAUGCUCGCGAGUCUUAAUCCAUAACCACUAGGCCACACGCCAAUACUGCAAUAAAGGAUACAUUGUCUUUUAAUUAGAGGCUAAAUCUGAUAUUUGCGAGUUCCGGCACAUACCUUUUUCAAGAUGUAUUUUUGCGUUGGGGAGAUGUUAAUUAUAUAUAACGGGUUUGCCUUGGGUAAGGGCAAACCUGUUAUAUAUAAUCGGCACAUACCUGUUCUUAGGAAUUAGGUAAAAAUUUUAUUAUAUCAUUAAAGUCUGCUAAAAGCUAGGGACAAUUCAAGAAGAGACAGUAUUGACCUUGCAUUGUCACAGGGCCUUCUUUUAAACAGAGAUUAGUCGGAGUUUUCAUUUUCUGUCUUUAUCAAGAAUCCAGUAAUUCUUUCAAAAGCUGUGCUGUUGUCUGGUCCAUUCGUAAGGCAUCCGAUUUCAAGCUAAGUUCACAAGUCAUGCAAACAAAACUCUUAACAAAAGCAUUCCUUUGCCAUUGUUUCAUCCGUUUUUAUACCUGUGAUGCGAGCAGCUUUUUUCUCUCAACCUGCAGACAGCCCACUCUGCACUGCUUUACUCCACAAUUUGUAGAUGUGUUACCCCAAACGUUUCAUCCAUCCAAAAGUGUGUCUUGGCCUGAAAUAACACAAAUUGUUAUGAUACACAAAAUAUUCUACAUAUUUUUCCUGAAUAGUUAAACUCCAAUGUGUUACUUUUGUUAAUGUUUUAUGAAUACAAGGAGUAUAGAUAUUAUUUUGAACUCUUUUUAUGAAUAGUACUGAGGGUAUGUUACAUUGAGUAUUCAGGUAUUUCAUGAAAUAAGCGCAAAUAGUAAUUAUGUUACAAUAGCCUUAAUAAGUGUGUGGAAUAAGUAAGGAAUUAUCAAGACCAGGUGUGUGUAUCAUGAAGUUUUUAUUUGUAGAGAUUGUAAUCCUAAUAUUUUAAUUUCACCAUGGGGUUGGAAAAAAAGCUUUGGUUCAUUCUCUUAUGAAGUUAAUGUAUUCUUUUGAGUGUCUUUAUACGAAUUAUCCAAAUUUUGAACAUUAUAUUACUUGAAAAUUAAGAACUCUGUUGUCGUUUUUUUUUUGUCAUUAUUUGUUGGCUUUUCUCAUAAGAUGGCAGAAUUAAGUAAAUUCAUCCAAGUUUCGGAUGGUGUCUUACCCUGCCUUUAAAAAAGA